CCCCAGCAUGGGCCCUCCGGGCCUCUUCCAGUCGCAUCCAUGACACCCCAGCAUGGGCCCUCCGGGCCCCUUCCAGUCGCAUCCGCGACACCCCAGCAUGGACCCUCUGGGCCCCUUCGAGACGUAUCCACAACAACCCAGCAUGGGCCCCCCGGGCCCCUUCCAGUCUCGUAUCCGCGACACCCCAGCAUGGGCCCUCCGGGCCCCUUCCAGUCGUAUCCACAACAACCCAGCAUGGGCCCCCCGGGCCCCUUCCAGUCGCAUCCGCGACACCCC